AACGUGAAGAGUCGCAUUGACGAAAAUCGACCCGUCGGCGAUGCCGCCGCCAGAACAACAGCUGCCGCGCGUGUGCUUUGACGAUGAGUACCGCGUCCGCGUGCUCGAGCUGGACAAGUUUGUGCACACACAGGAACUCGAAGGCGAAAGUAACCAGUUCGUCACAAAAAUGGAAGAUUUCCACACGACGGUGAAAGGAGUGCUCGAGGUCAUGGAGGCACAGGCAAAGCGUAUCGAGAUCGAGAAACUCAAGGCCAUUGGACAGCGCAACCGUGUGGACAAUGAAGUCGAGAAUCGCAACCGACAAAAGAUCAUGCUGGAAGUCUUGAUCAAGGAGAAACAGACAGAACUCGAGAGGUACUGCCAGCAAUACGCGUCGCUCACCAAGGUUGAGGACGAGCAACAGCAGCUCAUGGACAAGCUCAGCAACAACGAAGCAUGAUGUCCAUGUCGCUUUGUCUGUCGGGGAAAGACCAAACACUGGCUUUUAUACCCAAUACAUAUCGAUCCCUUCGUGUUCAUCUGCACGGCCUUGACCUGCGA